AUGGCUACCAUCUUAGCCAGCUACAAGAUACCACAGAAUAUAAAACCUUCUUGGGCAAGAAGUGAUGGCUUUAUCCAGGACUUCUGGGAGCAGGCCUUUGACUGCUCCUUUAAAAGUGCUGAUGAACUUGAGGAUAGCGAGAAACUGUGUACUGGAGAGGAGAAGCUGGAGAACCUUCCUGGGACUUUGUUUGAAAUGAGCAUGACUGGCCAGAGCUACAACAUCUACAACGCUGUCCAUGCUGUGCUGCCCCUUUCUAUAUGCACUGACCACUGCCAUCCUGGCUUCAGCAAGCAGAAAAGGGAGAGUGAGAAGUUUUGCUGUUACGAUUGUGCUCCGUGUCCAGAAGGGAUGGUCUCAUACCAGAAAGACAUGGAUGCUUGUUUCACAUGUCUACAGGACAGCUAUCCCAACAACGAUCAAAAUGAAUGCAUCCCCAGGGUUAUAAGCUACCUCUCUUACAAAGAACCAUUAGGAAUCACCUUAGCUGUGCUGGCUGUUUCUUUCUCUCUGAUCACAGUGUUGGUGCUUGGAACCUUUCUAAAGUACCAGGACACCCCGUUAGUUAAAGCCAACAACCGGAACCUCUCCUACAUUCUCCUCAUCUCCCUCCUGCUUUGCUUCCUCUGCUCCUUGCUCUUCAUUGGGCAGCCUGGAAAACUGACCUGCCUCCUCCGACAAAUAGCUUUUGGCAUCAUCUUCUCGGUGGCUCUUUCCAGUGUGUUUGCCAAAACCAUCACUGUGGUUCUGGCCUUCAUGGUUACCAUACCAGGAUCCAGGAUGAAGAAAUGGGUGGGGAGAAGAAUGGCAAACUUUAUUGUCCUCCUAUGCUCCUUGCUUCAAACAAUUACCUGCAUCUUUUGGUUAAGUACAUUUCCUCCCUUCCCUGAUAUGGACACACACUCCCUGAAUACAAAAAUCAUACUGCAAUGUAAUGAGGGCUCACCUGCCCUGUUUUACUGUGUCUUGGGUUAUCUGGGCUUCAUGGCCAUUGUCAGCUUCACGGUGGCUUUCCUAGCCCGGAAGUUACCUGACAGGUUCAACGAAGCCAAAUUUAUCACCUUUAGUAUGUUGGUCUUUUGCAGUGUUUGGUUGAGCUUCGUCCCCACCUACCUAAGCACCAAAGGGAAAUACACGGUAGCCAUGGAGAUCUUCUCCAUCUUGGCCUCCAGCGCAGGUUUACUGAGUUGCAUUUUUUUCCCGAAGUGCUACAUAAUUAUCCUGAGACCUACACUGAACAACAGGGAAAAGAUGGUCAGGAGAAAGAACGGAAAGUAA